AGGAUCUAACCACAAUGUGUCAAAAUUUGAUGGAUCUUUUGUUCACUGGGCGAACAAAAGGAAACAUGAGGUCAGCAUAAAUUAGCAUAAAUUAGCAUAAAUUAAGCAAUGACAUCACCCUCGUUCCCACGGUCCACCUCCUCGUCCUCCGGGGAGGGAGGACAUCACCCUCCACCUCCUCCUCCUCCUUCACCUCCUCGUCCUCCGGGUAGGGAGGACAUCACCCUCGUUCCCAUGGUCCUCCACCUUCUCCUCCUCCUUCGCCUUCUCCUCUCUCUCUCAGGAGAAACUUCUAGUACUACACCUACUACUAUUGUGCUACUAAUACUAUGUCUGAUGGAGUUGUUCUAACUGCACCUGUGUUGUGUUACAUAGUAGUAUUUUGGACAUGCAUUUCUUUCACACACACACACACACACACACACACACACACACACACACACACACACACACACACACACACAACUCAGACUGGUACCCAGCUGAGACAGGGAGAAACUUCUACAAAGCCAGCAACAAGGAAUACACAACUCACAUUAACUGAGUGCAAAAAGUUUGUGCAUGUGAGAUGAGGUUCACCAUUUUUCACAGCAAUGCAGCCACUUUUGCAUGACAAUGAGACGGAGGUGAGAAAAACACCCCACAUUGAGAGAGAGCGUGAGAACAACAAACCAGAAUGAUAUGUUUUUCUGACUCUAUGCAACACACACGCACACACACACACACACACACACCUCCUCUUUCUCCAACUACUCUCUCAUACAUGACACAUACAUGCAUGCACACACACACACGCACACGCGCACACACACACACACACACACACACACACACACACACACACACACACACACACACACACAGACACACACACAGACAUGCUGUCAGUGACAUGCAGGGCGUAGAAAAAUGCCUUCUAAGGUUUUUGAAAAGGGAAAAAGCAUAGUGAAUGCUUUUCUAAAGUUUGCUAAAGUUUGAAAAGGCAUAGAAAAUGCUUUUCUAAGGGUUGAAAAGGUGUUUUUCCAUGUUUCAUUUCACAAGUAAAGUGUUUUGUUAUUAAUAUGUGUGGGAAUACGAGGAAAAGACCGCGAAAACUGGGUAUAAAAAUCACGUUCUCCGACACACAAGUACCAUCGGAGGACACGCACACGCCAAGAGACACGUCCAGACAUGACUCACGGUAAACAAAACUCAUUUUGGCACAAUUUCUUCAAGCUAUCUUGAUAUCCACAUGACUGUUAUCCUCUGUGUAUUUUAGAAGUUAGAGCCGAGAUCCAUUCAGCACCAAGACGUUCUGUGAUCCCAGUGGGCGACAACGGAUCUGUCUAUCCGCAAUCAGAUUUCGAUUAUGAAGCGGCUAUAAGGUGCCUACCGGAUCCGGGUGAUUUGCAGUCCUUUUUUGAGGAUGAAUGGUUGGGUGAAACAGCGGGUCCCACCGUGAAUCUUCAGCCGGCCAGUGAACCUUCUCGAGCCGGUCAGAGGUCGGUCGGAGGUCCGCAGCAUCCUGCAGCUUCAUCUCCGCCGGAGACUUCCCGACCCGGGCCUAGCGUGAAACGUGCCGGCAAUUCAGAGACACAACCCCCGCAGAAAAAGAAGUCCAAGUCCGGGGCGAAGCCUCCGAGAGCCACGGGCACUCGACCAGCUCAAAACCCCAGAAACAGAGCACCUCAGCCGGUCAGACCGCCCGGCAGCACCGGUGUUCAGCCUCUGGCGGUUCCCGAACGUCAGAGCUCAGCCGGAGCUCCACCACGGCGUGAAAACCCGACUACACUGAGGACAGACUCGGAUCCACAACCUGCAGUAUCAGAUCCAGCGGACUCAAUCAUCAUUCCAGACACACCUCCAACCUCACCAACAGAACAGCAACCUCCUUCUGUGCCAGUUCUGCUGGCUGCAGAUCCACAGCCAUCUACAUCCUACAGCCAUGCUGCAACCAACGUACUCUGGGCACCGCAGAAGCCUGUACAACGCCGUGCUCGAAAAGUGACGGCGAAGAACACAACUGCCAAGCGGUUGUUUAAUGAGGUCCAUCAAAACGCAGCAACCCCAGCACCACUGCAUAGGAGUGAGGAGACAAACCCGCUACCAGAAAGUCAGAGGGGGCCAGAACAACAACUGCAUAUAAGUGAGGAGACAAACCUGCCACCUGAAAGUCAGAGCGGGCCGAAACGGUUGAAACCACCCCACGUCACUCUUCAGCUACUGUGUCAAGUAGUACAAACUUUCAUGUCCUCUGUUUUAACCUUGUGUGAGAAAAUGUAAAUUUAAAAAAAACUGCAAGGUGUGACAUUUCCCCCUUAAACAUGGAUAAAGAAGUAGAUCCUGAUCUUGAUGAAAUAGCGAUAGCUUUAGGUCAAUUAAAUCCUACCCCUGUCCCCUCUCACAUAGAUGUUAGACAUAAUCUAGAUGAUUCCUCUUUUGCAUUCACAAAAUCAGAAUCACAAAACAGUUACUCUAAUGACCCUCUGAGACCGAUUGAAAUGGCGCUUCAGCAUUUAAACGACCAGACAGAGCCUCAUUCUCCACUCUCACCAGAUUCUCAUCAGAAUUUGGUCGAAAUUCUUUCUCCCCCAGCCUCUCCAGACACACAGCCACCAAACAGUUACUCUAAUGACCCUCUGAGACCGAUUGAAAUAGCGCUUCAGCAUUUAAACGACCAGACAGAGCCUCAUUCUCCACUCUCACCAGAUUCUCAUCAGAAUUUGGUCGAAAUUCUUUCUCCCCCAGCCUCUCCAGACACACAGCCACCAAACAGUUACUCUAAUGACCCUCUGAGACCGAUUGAAAUGGCGCUUCAGCAUUUAAACGACCAGACAGAGCCUCAUUCUCCACUCUCACCAGAUUCUCAUCAGGAUUUGAUUGAGAUUUUUUCACUACCAACCUCUUCUUCAGAAGAGUCACAAAGACCUCCGGCUCAUCAGCGAGGUCACGGUGUAGGGGAUGAUGAGACCAGAUCAACUUCACACGACCGCUUUAACACAGUGGUCAUGCGGCGCGCUUUCACAGUACCCGAACCCGCUGCCGAACCGAAUCUUGCUCAGUUUUAUUCUGAUGUGAUGGGGAUAAUUCAUAGGUUAUCUCUGGAGGCUGAAUUACAUGCUAGACGAAAUGACAUCAUUCAGCUGGAGGUGGUAGGUGAAAAUGUGCGAGACCACGUCUCUGUUGUUGUUGCUGAUCAAGGUGGAAAUGUUCUUCCUGCUUUUGAAGGUUUGCUUGACCGGUUAGUGCAGUCUAACAACAGCAUUGUCGCAGAUGAGAAUGUGGAAUUUGUUGUUCAGGUUGUACGUAAUCCCAGGGGCGGUGGAAAACGUAAGCUUGCACGAACUCUAGAUUGUGAAAUUGUCACCAAAAAAAAACGCUGCUUGUACAUUGUGCUGAAUCGCAAAGAUCAGCUCUGCUUUGCCAUCAGUCUAGCUCACGUGAUGCAUCCAGAUCACACAGUUAACCAGUGUGUAAAACUGGCCCGUGAGUUGCAGCGUCAAGCCGGUCUGGAUGAGCAGACCCCCGUCACUUUUGGUGAUGUGAGCAGGUUUGAAGAAAUUGUCAAACGUAAAAUUGUGAUUUUUUAUCCGACAUCUCACAGUCAACCCCUCUCACAUUUUGAGACAGACUACCCAGAUCGCUCCAGACCGUUGUUUUUGUUUUUACUGCAAAACCAUUACUACGGUAUAAAGAAUCUCAAAGCUUUUAUAGGUGCAAAAUUUGUCUGCCAUCAUUGCUACAAGGGUUUUGACUGCUCCUAUGUGCACAGUUGCCGAGGUUACUGUCAGGUUUGUAAUGACCCUAUCUGUCCUACAGAAGACCUCCAGCCUUUGCACUGCUCAGACUGUAACAGGAUCUGUCGCUCGAUCUCCUGUUUUGCUAGACACAAAGAGACUAAACCGAGUCAUUUGAACAGACAACCCUCUGCUCUCUGUGACAGGGUAAAAAAAUGUACGCGGUGCAAACUAUGCUACUACGUUAACAUGCACACAGGCAAGGCGACGCAUAGCUGCAGCACCAAAUGCAAAAUUUGUGGAGAAAAAUUACCGGCCGGGUCUGAUGUAAUCCUCGGUAAUCACCAAUGCUACAUUCAACCGCUCUCACAAAUAAAUGAUCAUCCUGAUUUGGUUUUUUAUGAUUUUGAAACAUUUGUGAACGAGAAAGGCGAGCACAUCCCCUUUCUAGUCUGUGCAAAAACAUUGAAAGGUACGGAGAAGGUGUUUUAUGGUCUGCAGUGUGUUAAACAUUUUCUUCUGCAUUUCAGAAGCAACCGCUACCGAAGAAAUGUUUUUAUUGCACAUAAUGCUAGAGGAUUUGACGGCUACCUGAUUUUGAGGGGCAUGCUGAAAGAAGGUGUAGUACCGCAGCAGAUUCUCAUGACUGGAAGUAAACUUCUCAGUUUUGAGGAACCCCACUAUCAACUAAAAUUCAUUGACUCUCUUUCUUUCCUAGCCAUGAGGCUCAGUGCUAUGCCAAAGGCUCUGGGCUUCACCGACCAGAUCAAGGGGUACUUUCCACACCAUUUCAGCUCAGCGGGGCGUCUUGGGUAUGUGGGAGUCUAUCCUUUGCCAGCCGAAUAUGGCACAGAACGCAUGACACUGACCGAGCAGAAAGAGUUUUAUGAGUGGUACGGUCAAGUCAGUCGCGGCACCUUCGAUUUCAGGAAGGAGGCUGUGCGUUACUGUAAAAAUGAUGUUGACAUUCUGUCCAAGGCCUGUGUUCGAUUCAGAGAACAGUUUCUCAGCGAAACGGGGGUGGAUCCGUUUGGUUCGAUCACUAUUGCCUCUGCUUGCAUGAGGGUGUUUCUUACCAAAUUUCUACAGCCCAAUACUCUCGCUAUACCAUGCCCGUACGAGUACAGAGGUCAGUGUAAAAGAUUCUCGGAGCCCUCCAUUCAGUGGUUAGAGUGGGUCAUGCACAAACAGAAAAUCUUUAUCCAGCACGCUCUGAACUUGGGGGAAAAACAGAUUGGUUCUUUUUUUGUGGACGGUUACGCAGAGAUUGAUGGUGUAAAAUGUGUUUGGGAGUUUCACGGUUGCUUUUACCACGGGUGUCCUAGUUGUUUCUCUCCUACAGAGACCUGCACCUUGAGAGGCGUUUCCUUUGGGGAACUGCAUGUGGCCGGUGAGGACAGAGUGCGCAGGUUGGAAUCUCAACAUGGCAUCCGAGUUGUUGUCAUGAGAGAACAUGUGUGGAAUGAGAUGAAAAAAUCCUGUGCAGAGGUGAAAGAGUUUCUCAGUGUUUUUGACCCCCCUGAACCUCUCUCCCCACGCAAAGCCCUUUACGGGGGCAGAACGUGUGCCCUAAAAUUGAGACACACGGCUGAACCUGAAGAACAGAUUCACUAUGUGGACUUUACGUCUCUUUAUCCAUUUGUUAACAGCACCUGUUCUUAUCCGCUAGGUCACCCAACCAUCAUCUACAAAGAUUUUGGGGAUCCUAGAGACUACUAUGGGUUCAUUCGUGCCACCGUCUACCCGCCGCGUGGGCUAUUUUUCCCUGUUUUACCUUACAAAACCUCACAGGGUAAACUCAUCUUCACACUUUGCAGAACCUGUGCAGAAAAUAACCAUCAAGAGGGCCCCUGUCAUCACGACGAUGAGGCCAGAGCAUUGACAGGGGUGUGGGUGAGUGUGGAGUUUCACAAGGCUUUGGAGAUGGGUUACAGAGUCGGUAAAAUAACAGAGGUUUGGCACUUUCCAGACAGUAGUGACAGGGUGUUUGUGGACUACAUACACACAUUUCUGAAAGGAAAGCAGGAAGCUUCGGGUUAUCCUCCAGAGGCUUCAGAUGAAGUCAGCAGGGAGGAAUACAUCAGGGACUAUCAGGUUCAUCAAAACAUCCAAUUAGAUCCUACCAAAAUUGAGAAAAAUCCUGUCAAAAGGCAGGUGGCUAAACUGUGUCUCAACAGCCUCUGGGGAAAAUUUGCACAGAGACAUAAUCUGCUUCAGACCUGCAUCGUCACAGAACCCGAAGAAUUUUUCAACUACCUGUUUUCGGGUAAAUACAAAGUAGAGUACUUUCAGGUCCUUGACAGCGAGAGAGCUUUACUUCAGUGGAAACACACUGAGCGCUGCAUUCAACCUCCGGGUAGGCAGAGUAAUGUCUUUCUAGCUGCAUUCACCACAGCACACGCACGACUCAAGUUGUACAGCUAUCUGGAAAAGCUGCAAGAGAGGGUUCUCUACACUGACACAGACAGCCUGAUUUAUGUGGUCAAGAAGGGUGAGACCCCUCUAGUGCUGGGAAACUAUCUGGGGGACUUAACAGAUGAGUUGGAGGGUGACAGCAUUCAGGAGUUUGUGGCUGCCGGUCCCAAAAGUUAUGCCUACCAAACAAAAAAUAAAAAAAAAAUGGUCAUGCGUGUCAAAGGUAUAACUCAGACGCGUGAAUGCUGCGAGCGUGUGAACUUUGACAGUGUCAGAGAGCUGGUGGAGGGUUUCCAAACACACAAUUCACAGCAGAGGGUCAUUAACACACCACAGCACAACAUUGUUCGUAAUAAAAGUGGGUUUGUGUUAAAGAACUUGACAUUUCAGAAAAAGUUUCGAGUGGUGUAUGACAAACGACGCCUCCUGGCUGAUGGAACUUCUCUGCCUUUUGGUUAUUAAAACUUGAUUUUUUAAAAAAUGUCACAUCUUGCUGUUACAGAGGAAACUGAUUUUGAACCUCGGUUCAUUUUUCCCUUCUCAAUGCUUUUGGCUGGCCCGUCCGGGUGUGGCAAGACAUAUUUUGUCCGGAAAAUUCUUGAGCAUUGUCAACAUGUGAUGACUAUGGUACCUGAAAACAUUGUCUGGAUAUAUACUUCGUUUCAACCCAUGUACAAUGAAUUGCAAAGGAUGAAUAAAAACAUUAAAUUUGUUGAA